AUGCAGCAUAUCCGCCUCCGUGUGCGGAGUUGUGAUGCGCUUUUUGUCAAUCCCUCGACACCGGACCAAAUGAUAAGACUCCCGCAUCUCAAGUCGUUCAUCUAUAUAUGCGCUUGCCCGCCCGGCGUACCCUUGCCUACAUGUCGAUACUCACAACUAGGUCCUAUAACCCACGACUACCACGAUAUUCUCUGGACCACUGUUAUCCGUCACUUGCAAAGACUUGUCGCAACACCCAACGCCGUUCCCACUGACGCACAGGUCUACGCCUUCAUGACAACGGAUAGAGACGACAACGACCAUUCUCUCUGGACAGCGCACAUCCUCGCUGACAUGCGCGCACAGACCAGCAUUGUCCAGCCCUUUGGCCUAGUUUGGAUGGAAAGUUCGAUUCGCGGCUCGCACGUGUUGCGACGUCAAGACGGGACUGAAGUCAUGACCGUGCCAGCGAAUAUCGAGGCGAUUGCCGAGGGACAGCUGUGGCGUGAAGUGCGUGGGGGCGCAAGACUACCAGCGGCGGUACUGGCGGAUGCACGCGCGGGGAAGCCUAGUUUUGCAGUCGGGUGUGAGGAGAAGCCGCUGGCGUAUCUGAAAACUAGUGCGCAAUGGAGAGAAGACAACCCAAAGAAGAAGCUAAUGACAUGGGUCAACGAGGAGAAGACGGGGAUUAGGCUGGUGGAUGCGGAGGUGAGGAGCGGCAAGGACGAGUAUCUCUCAUUGGAGCAGAUCAGCGAAAUUACCCCUGAGGGAUGGAGGCGGGUGGGCAUGAACGAUAUGUUGGAGAAGAUUGAAUCAUGA